AUGCAAGCAACUCACAUUUGUGGUGGAGGAAUUGGUGUGACAGCCCAUCCAAAAGCAAGUAAAAAGUGGGUUUCCGAACGUGUCAUGCAAAAAUUAAAAGAAAUACCAUUAUACAAAGUUGUUGACAUACAGAAAGACAUAUUACGUGACCACGGUGUUUGUCUUCCAUACAAGCGCGCUUGGAUGGGGAAGGAGGUUGCGAGGGUUCAAGCACGGUGCAGGCCAUUACUUUUUAUUGAUGGAACCCUUUUGCUAGCCAAGUAUGGCGGGAUUCUGCUAGGGGCUACAGCUAAAGAUGGCAAUGAAGGCUUAUUUCAUGUAGCAUUUGCUAUCAUCGACAAUGAAACUGAUGAGAACUGCACUUGGUUUCUUGCUACUCUUGGGGACGCCUUAUAUGCCGAUGUACACGGUUGGUUGAUGAAUAAGUCCGACGUUGAUCAUUGGUCAAACUAUUUAUUUAAAGGAAUGCGAUGGUGCGAGAUAUAUUCGAACGUGGUAGAGUCCUUCAACGCCUGGAUUAAAGAGGCACAACAUCUACCAGUAAAAAUCAUGGUUGACUCUAUCAGGUUUAAACUUAUGAAUAUGUUAGCCGAAAGACGUGAACAAUGCAACAACUGGGGUACACACCUUUGUCCCGAAAUACGAAAAAAGGUUGAGCAAAUCGUUGAUGAAAGUCGUUUCCUUAGAGUUGGUCUUUCUACUGAUGAAACAUACGAAGUCAUUGACAAUAACAACAACGCGGUCAGCCUCCAGUCUCGUAGCUGUUCAUGUAGAAGGUGGGAAGUACAUGGCCUACCGUGUAAGCAUGCAUGUGUAGCGAUUAUGCAAACAGACACGAAUAUCCAUUUUUAUGUUGCUGAUUACUUCACAAUGGAAUGGUAUCGUCGGACGUAUGUAAAUCCAAUAUCCCCUGUUCCCGGCAGUGACAAGCCAUCUGAUGACAACCGUCCACUACGACUUCGGCCACCAAUAUCAAAGAAAUGGCCAGGACAUCCUAGAAGGAAGCUGAUCGAGUCACAAGCCUUUGAUGUCUAUGAAUUACAUUGUAGCCGGUGCCACGAGGCUGGCCAUAACCGGCAAUCAUGCAAUGCAGUUAUAGCGGACUGA